CCCGCGGUGGCCCCGCCGCAUCAGUCUCCCCGCGGUGACGGCUUGGGCCGGGCCGCCCCGAACCCGGAAGCGGGCGGCGGCUGGUGGCGGUACGCGGUGAGCGGGGCCGGGCGCAGGAUGCGAGGCACUGCCGCCGCCCUGCCCCCCUGUCCGCUCGCAGCCAGCGCCCGAGGAGGAGGAGCAGCUGCAGCAGCGGGAGGAGCGGCAGCAGUAGUAGGAACUGCCGCUGCGGUAGCAUGAGCGGGGCCGCGUCUAAGCAGUCCCCCGGCGCGGGGUCUGCCACGGAACCCGCCGCAGCGGAGAAGGCGACUGCUGGGGACUCGGUGCCGGAGCCGCCGUCGCUGCUAAGCGUGGAUGUGACAGGCUUGGUGUCGCAGUUUGCGAGGAGCUUCGUGCUGAUCUUCCCCGUGUAUGUGCUGGGCUACCUAGGGCUGAGCUUCAGCUGGGUCCUCAUCGCGCUAUGCGGGCUCUUCUGGAUCCGCAGGCACCGUGGCGGCAAGACUUCCCGCCUGGGCCGGGCGCUCGCCUUCCUGGAGGACGAGGAGGAGGCGGUGCGGCUCAGCGUCUCCUCCGCGGAUCUGCCUGCGUGGGUCCAUUUUCCAGACACGGAGAGGGCAGAAUGGCUCAACAAGACUGUAAAACAGAUGUGGCCUUUUAUUUGCCAAUUUAUUGAGAAACUCUUCCGGGAGACCAUAGAACCAGCAGUAAGAGGAGCAAACAAUCACCUCAGCACCUUCAGUUUUACAAAGAUUGAUAUUGGUCAUCAGCCUCUGCGGAUAAAUGGUGUCAAAGUGUACACUGAAAAUGUAGACAAAAGGCAGAUCAUUUUGGAUCUUCAAAUCAGUUUUGUUGGAAACUGUGAAAUUGAUUUGGAGAUCAAGAGAUACUUCUGCAGAGCUGGUGUGAAAAGUAUACAGAUCCAUGGCACUAUGAGGGUUAUCCUGGAACCACUAAUUGGAGAUAUGCCCCUCAUUGGAGCAUUAUCCCUUUUUUUCCUUAGGAAACCUCUUUUGGAAAUUAACUGGACUGGACUGACCAAUCUUCUGGAUGUUCCGGGACUGAAUGGCUUAUCAGAUACAAUAAUACUGGAUAUAAUAUCCAACUACCUGGUCCUUCCAAACAGAAUUACAGUCCCCCUUGUCAGUGAAGUUCAGAUUGCCCAGCUGAGGUUUCCUAUGCCAAAGGGUGUUCUAAGGAUACACUUCAUUGAAGCUCAGGACCUGGAGGGGAAAGAUACUUACCUUAAAGGAAUUGUCAAAGGAAAGUCAGAUCCGUAUGGAAUCAUCCGUGUGGGCAACCAGAUUUUUCAAAGCAAGGUCAUUAAAGAGAAUCUCAAUCCAAAAUGGAAUGAAGUUUAUGAGGCCUUAGUAUAUGAACAUCCAGGACAGGAGCUAGAGAUUGAGCUCUUUGAUGAAGAUCCAGAUAAAGAUGACUUCCUGGGAAGUUUGAUGAUAGAUUUAAUUGAAGUUGAAAAGGAGCGACUGCUAGAUGAGUGGUUUACUUUGGAUGAAGUGUCCAAAGGAAAAUUGCAUUUGAAACUGGAAUGGCUCACAUUGAUGCCAACUGCUGAAAAUCUAGACAAGGUGCUAACAAGUAUUAGAGCUGAUAAAGACCAAGCCAACGAUGGGCUGUCUUCUGCAUUGCUUAUUCUCUAUUUGGACUCGGCGAGAAACCUGCCCCAUAAUCCAUUAGAAUUUAACCCUGAUGGCUUGAAGAAGGCUGCUGUUCAGAAAGCCCUAAAGUCAGGAAAGAAAAUGAACAGCAAUCCCAACCCACUUGUUUUGCUGUCAGUUGGACACAAGGCACAAGAAAGUAAGAUUCGAUACAAGACCAAUGAACCAGUAUGGGAGGAAAACUUUACUUUCUUUGUACACAAUCCCAAAAGGCAAGAUCUUGAAGUUGAGGUGAGGGAUGAACAGCAUCAGUGUUCUUUGGGCAACCUCAAACUGCCUCUAAGCCAGUUGCUGGAGAGUGAAGAUUUAACUAUGCAUCAGCGGUUCCAACUGAGCAACUCUGGUCCAAACAGCACUAUAUACAUGAAGAUUGCACUCAGGGUCCUUUCUCUUGAAAAGCAAGCAAGAUCUCCAGAUCAUCAACACUCAGCCCAAGUGAAAAGGCCAUCUCUUUCCAAAGAUGCAAGAAAAUCAUCUUUUAAGCCUCAGGUUCCUGUUUCACCACCACCUGAUUCAAACAAAUCUGUUCCAGCUUCCCCAGUGACUGAUAGUGAUAAAAAGACUGAUACAGCUGAAAAAAGUCAGCCUGGCAAUGCCAGCCCUCAGUGGACAGCAGAUCUCAGCCGAAGCUCCUCCAGUCUUCAUGCCUCUAACUUCUCUUACUCUCCCAGCCACCUCUCAGUCAAAGAACCCACUCCUAGCAUAGCCUCAGACAUAUCUCUGCCUAUCGCCACACAGGAGCUGCGGCAAAGACUACGACAGCUUGAAAAUGGAACAACCCUGGGUCAGUCUCCAUUAGGACAGAUUCAGCUAACAAUUCGUCAUAGUUCACAAAGAAACAAACUGAUUGUGGUAGUGCAUUCCUGCAGGAAUCUGAUAGCAUUUUCAGAAGAAGGAUCUGAUCCAUACGUGCGAAUGUAUUUAUUGCCCGAUAAGAGACGCUCGGGGAGAAGAAAAACACAUGUGUCAAAGAAGACAUUGAACCCAGUGUUUGAUCAAAUAUUUGAUUUCAGUGUUUCCCUGCCUGAAGUACAGAGAAGAACACUAGAUGUAGCAGUGAAGAACAGUGGUGGCUUCUUAUCCAAAGAUAAAGGGCUACUUGGCAAAUUACUAAUACCUCUGGCAUCUGAAGAGCUUGCUAAAGGCUGGACGCAGUGGUAUGAUCUAACAGAAGAUGGUACAAGGCCACACGGUGCAAGUUAGGUUAAUUUUUGCCAACCUUUAUAUAUUUUUUCAAGCGCUGUCCUCACAGAUGUACCAAUAUUAUUUUUAUAGCUUUACUGAUUUAGUUCUUAGACACAUCCCCAAUAAUUUUGUAACACUCGAUCAUUUUAUGUAGACAUAGCAUUUUCCAUGGUUAAGCUUUGUAUUUUUAUUUGCUAACCAAUUGUUUGUGUUACUGUAACGUGCAAUAGUACAGUAAAGUAACCUUUUGUGUUUCAGUUGAUCUCUAUGAUGGCUGUACCUGUUAGAAAGUGAGAAGAUUAUGUUCUGCUGUUUUCUUGCCUUGUUUUAUAUCUCACCAAUGUAUACUGUACCAUGUAAAUAGAUGCUAUUUUUUAUAAUUCUUUCAUGCUGGUUUGAAUUCAGAGGAAAAAUCGAUAAAGUAUAUAGAUAUUUUCUUCUAAGUGCAUGUUAAUUUCUUCAGAUGAAUCUCUUUUGUCUUUGCAGCACAAUGGUCUUAAUGAUUUUGUGAUAUUCUUCAGAAACAAACUGCAGGAGGGGAAAAAAAAAAACCCAAACCUUUUUACUUUAUCAUGUUUCUGGCCAAGUUUGGCUAGCUUAAAAUGUACAAAUAUAUAACAUUUUAAUAUUUAUAUAGAAAUGUACUAUUGAAAAAUCAUGCUAUUGAAUAUUAUAAACAAAAAAAAAAAAAGAGAGAAUUCUAUACAUAUUGUAUAAAUAGAGGAUGAGGUCCAUGAAUGAGUUUCUGAAUCUGAGUUUUCAUGCAAUGCAGUAAACGUUAACAGUCCGGUUUUAUUAUACAGGGCCACUUGGAUUUUGUUACUUAUUCCUGUACUCUCUACCACUAGACAUGUGACCUUUUGAAGGUAUGAGGACAUGCAUUUUUCUGUAUUCUAGCCAAAAUCUCUAACCAUUCAGCACUAUCCUUACUGCCACCUUUCACUGAUUUAUUAGGUAUACAAAUCAGCUUGCAAUGUCAGUUCAUUCAGUAGGCAUACACGCAAGAUGUUAUUUUUUAUGAUAUAAUACUGUGCUAAAUAGGAUAUUCUGCUGUAGCUUCUGUCAUACUAAAAUGGAACACCAAUAGGUGAGAAAGUAUGAAAGUGAGUUGAAACUGAAUGUCUUUAUGGUCGCUUUAUUGCUACUUAAUGUGUUUGGUGCAUGAAAAAUUACAGUUCAGUGGUCCUUACAGACCGCUUGAGAAAUAAUGGCCUUCUGCUGAGGCAUUGCUAUAGUCUGCUGCAAGACUACAGCAGCGAUGCAAUUAGCACAAACUGAUAAAAGUAGGCAGCUGAAGGGAGAGUAUCAACCUAAACAGCUGAGCUCAUAACUCUGAUCUUAUGAUUUAGGGGAAGCUUUCUUUUGUAUUCAGAACUGAUUUUCUUUUUUUUUUUUAUGUUUUUGUUAAGUUUUCUCAGACUGUUAUAAAAAAAUCUGCAUUAGGAAUCCAGGAGAACAGUUCAGCUCUUUCAGAGCCAAUACCCUCAUUCUUGAUUAAGUAUGCAAUUAGACAGACAAAGUAUAUUAUUUAGCUAAGAUUCUAGAAUGAUCUCACAGCCAAGAAAAAAAAUAUAAAGCAGAAUAAUAAGCUCCUGAAAUUAGCUUUAUUGUAAGAUUACUGACAGAACCUUAAUUCUGGAUGUAGAAUAUGCCUACAUUACUAGACAUACCAAAGUGCCUACCAUAGAUGUAGCUUUUUGUCUUUUUCAGGUUUAAGAAUUGACUCAUUUCAGUUUGUCUAAACUCAUUUUCACAUGAAUAUUGUCACAGAUGUGUGUGGCAUGCAUGCAUACACCUCUAUACAGUGAUGGCCCUCUUAUGGCCACAUUUUAUACAAGACCAUUUUAGCAAACUUACAUGAUAAAUUUUGCUGCUGUUACAUUCUGGUGGACUGGGCAAUAGGGAGAGGCUCUUUAAGAAAUCAUUUCCACUUGAAGGCUUCACUCUGUAUUGGAAUGUAUGAGUGUCUAUCUAUAUACACUCACCUAUUCAUAUAAAAUGUUAUUUAUUAUGAAAUACAUUAUUUUCUUUGCUAGUUUAAAAUGUUAAGAAUGGAAAAACACAGAGUUCUGGUUAACCCAGUGUGAAAAUGCAGAAAGAUAAAGCUGACCUAAGUAAAGGAGGGCUGAGAGCAGCAGUUCAGCAUCACUGUCUUUUGCCUUGGCUUGGCCUGUGGUGGAAGGACUUCUGCUGUACAGCUUUGACCAGUGACUCCCUAGAAUUUGAUCCAAAGCCAACAAAUGGGCUUUAAACUGAUUUCUGUGUUUCAAGUCUUAACUGAAGUCUGGAGACAAUCUGUUUAGAAGACUCUACACUUAAAAAACUUGCACAGUCUGUCUUCCAAAGUCUUAAGGCAGAAAAUAAUGCCGUGUUUUGGUGAAUGUGAGAUGAUAGCACAAAGUGAGCAACUGAAUAAAGCAUAUAGGACAGGUUUCCAAAAUAGCUCACAACGUGAAAUUAGGGGUGGGCUCUUAAUAGAGCUGAGUUCCCAUUUAGGAAUCUAAAAUAGAGAGACUGAAUUGUCAUUCUAAUUCAGCAGUAGUACUUGCCAUUGACUGUAAUCAGUCCUGGAUGCCAGACUCUUUAGAAACAUUCUCCUGAGUGAAUUUGGAUCAGAAUUUGACUGGCUAGAUGAGACUGAUUCUCUUCAUAGUGGAAACAAACCUCUGUAUCAUAGUUACCACUUUCUGAUUGUUCCAUUCAUAUGGAAGUAGGAAGGAUGAACAUAAUUUCUUCUCUGGGCAAAAACUGCAUCUCGUUAUUAAGCCAACAUAUUCGGUAUCAACUGAUAGCUUUUAAUGUAGAUCUUGUUUAUCCUGUGCCUUAAAAUAUGAACAUAUGAAGAUGUUUAAGAAAUAGCUUAAAAAAGCUUUGUUAUCUGUAUGUACCAAUACAUGUUCUCUACUAUUGAAACUGUUUCUAGAAUUCCUCUGCUUCACUGACAAGAAAGCAAACUUUCUUGACUAUAGCAGUGCAUAAACCGAACUCAAAUCAGCAUGCAUAUCACUUGGAUUUGGAUCAAAAGAGUUUUAAUUUUCUGUCUUGAAUCCUUUAUCAGAGCUGCAGCAAAUGGUGAGAGUUGAAAUGAGAACAAAGGGUAAUCAAUUUUGUACAGAUUGCCUUUUUUGCUCAUGUAAUUCUACAUUAUGAUGCAUGUAUAUAUUCAAUAAAUGGUUGUGAUAUCCCAA